AUGGAUAAUAAUAAUAACAAACGAAAAGGAGAAGAUAUACCUGUUGGAGGUGCUGCAGAGAAGAAGGUCAGAUUCACAGAACAACCUGAAGUUAGAGUGUUCCAUAAUGACAACAGUAAUGACAAUGGCAAAGACAAUGGAAAUGGCAAAGACAUUGGCAAUGACAAUAAGAAGGAGGAUGUAGAGAUGACAUCAGUAUCAUCAAGACCAUCAUUAUAUAUUGAUGAUGAUGAUAUUAUGCAACAGAUAGCAAGAGCUGAUGAGAAGUAUAAGAAAAGAAUGGAGGAUACAAAGAGGAGAGAAUCAUACUUUGAUAGGAGUGAGAUGCGUGAUGCUGUUGAAGAAGUCGGUGAAGAUGGUAUUAUAAAGAGAGUGGAAGGUGAAGAAGAAGAAGAACCAGAUGACUAUGACCAUCCAUCAAACAACAACAAGUCACGCAACAACAACACAAAACAAAGAGUCAGAGAGGAGGAUGAUGAUGAUGACGAUGACGACGAAGUGGAGAUAAUGCCAUUCAAUCUGCGACAGGAGAGAGAUGAGGGUCAUUAUAAACAGGAUGGCACUUAUGAGCAGGCCAGUGGAGAGAAGGAGGACGACCCUUGGCUACAGGAGUACGAUGAGGUGUGGAGGAAUAAGGUGCCAAAGCUCAGCAGGAAGGAGUUGUUGAAACAGGAGGCAGAGGAUCAGACAGAUGAGAACGAGGACCUGUGGGAGAAGGAGGAGGAAGAGGAGAAACAACGUAGACGCAAGGGUCCCACAGUCGAAGAACGUGAUAAUAGGCGAAUGUGUCUGACAAAGUUGGUUGGCAUACUGGAAGAUGGCGAGACAUCACUGGCAGCAUUGAGAAGACUUGGUGGAAACAACAAACCAGUGAUCAAGAAGAAGUUGAACAAACAUCAAUUGUUGAAACAACAGCAACAACAGCAACAAGAGACCACGACCAAGCCUGCAGAGGACAGUGAUAUGGAGGAGAAGAGGAAACAACAAUUCCUUCAACUUACAGAGGCCACUGAUUAUCUGUUAGCCAAUGGAUUUAUGAAUAUAUAUACCGAAUCAAAGGAAGUUGUACAACAACUCUUGUAUAAAGAUAUUGGAAGGAAGCCACCUGCACAAGUACGAUCAUCCAAUGCCAAUAAUAAUAAUAAUGGAAACAAUCAAUCAACGACGACGGCGACGACGGACCAACAACAACAAGCACGAGCUCAAUUGGAGAAUGAUGAUAAUGAUGAGGAUAACAUACUAUGGGAGUACAAAUUGACUGAUGGCAAUGUGUAUCAGAAUUUCACUGGACUGGCCAUGAGACAAUGGAAAGACGGAGGAUUCUUCACGGACAAAGGAGUGGUAGCCCGCAAGAUCGGAGACUAUAGCUUUGUACCAGUGGAGCAACUAAACUUCUAA